GAUGAUUUCGCUCUUGCUAAUUGUGUUGCUAAGAUAACGGCGCUAAAUAAUUUUGUUUGUUUUUUAUAAUUAUUUCGUGAAGAAAAUGAUUUCUGAGUCUUCCACCUGAUUAAAGCUACAAGCCGUGGUCCGUGUGCUAACAAAUCUAUCAGCUCACCGCCACUGUGAUCCAGUCGUUUUUUGGAAAGUGGAAAAAAUCGGGCUCUAUGGCCGAACCGGAGCUUCUUUUGGACUCAAAUAUUCGCCUGUGGGUGGUUCUACCCAUCGUCUUCAUCACCUUCCUCGUCGGCGUGAUUAGACAUUAUGUUUCUAUUCUUCUUCAGAGUGACAAGAAGUUGACAUUAGAACAGGUUUCUGACAGCCAGGUUCUCAUUCGGAGCAGAAUUCUAAGAGAGAAUGGAAAAUACAUUCCCAAACAGUCUUUUUUGAUGAGGAAGUUCUACUUCAAUAAUCAAGAAGAUGGCUUUUUUAAGAAGACCAAAAGAAAAGUUGUUCCGCCUUCCCCAAUGACAGAUCCCAGCAUGCUCACAGACAUGAUGAAAGGCAACGUGACCAAUGUGCUUCCCAUGAUCCUUAUUGGAGGAUGGAUCAACUGGACCUUUUCGGGAUUUGUAACAACCAAGGUUCCUUUCCCUCUCACUCUGCGAUUCAAGCCCAUGUUGCAACAAGGAAUAGAGCUGCUUUCACUGGAUGCUUCUUGGGUGAGCUCAGCAUCAUGGUACUUCCUGAAUGUGUUUGGACUGCGAAGCAUGUACUCGUUGAUCUUGGGCCAAGAUAAUGGUGCAGAUCAGUCUCGGAUCAUGCAGGAACAGAUGAGUGGCGCUGCUAUGGCCAUGCCUGCAGAUACAAAUAAAGCUUUCAAGGCUGAGUGGGAGGCACUUGAACUGACUGACCAUCAGUGGGCGCUGGAGAGUGUAGAAGAGGAGCUCAUGAGCAGGGAGCUGGACUUCCAUGGCAUGUUCAGCAAGGAAUUGCCGAGCGGCAUUUUCUGACAGCCUUAAUUUCUAAAGGGAACUGCUGUUGUGAAUAUUAGAUUUUUUUUUUUUUUUUUUUUUAAAUGACAGACAAGGGGCCCAAAUCUUCAAGAUCUUCCUUGUUUCCAUGUACUAACUUCCAUUCCUGUCUGCUUUCUUUGAAGUUACUUAAAUUGCACUGGUUCUGUGCUGUAUGUUGCAUUUUUAGAUGGCUUCUGAGACACAGACAUGUUGCUAAGAUUAAAGGUGACUUUUGCUUAUUUAAAUGCAUUAGUAUUACCAUAUAUUUCUAUGACAUUAUUUUAUCAUUAGUGUCUCUUAAAUCCUGCACAAAUGCUGUUGUCAUCAAUAAAUGCACCUUUGAGUUGAAAUAGUGGUUAAUCUGUCUUGUAAGAUAGAAAUUUGCUUCAUACAAUCUUUAAUCAAACUUUUCUCUCUUAGGUAAUAGAGCAGAUUUUUUGUGCUUGUGUUAGCCAGUUGCCUGUCAUUUGAUCAGUGACCAGGCACCAACUAACAUUGUAUGUGGUUGGAAUAGUUUUUGAGAUUUGUUUAUUUUGUAAAAUAUCUCCCUUGUGUUUUGUACAAUAUUAAUGCUUGAUUUGAAUUUGAUGACA